AUGGACCCCGCAGCGCCUCAUCCCCGCGAUCGGAUGAUGGCAUGGGAGCCUGCGUCCAACCGACUCCCCCUUGAGGACAGGGAUGAAGUGCGGCUCGACGGUGAAGGACAAGAGUCGCCACUGAAGCCCUUCUUCGCCGGCCAACCAAAGUCCCUCGCCGGCAUCGCCCUUCGCGCCUUCUGCCUCGGCAUGGCAGCCGCGACAGCAGCAGUGGCAACGGUCGGCAUUCUGCUCUACACCUCGAGCCCCAUCUGGCGCGCGUCCUUCUUCGUCCUCGCCCUCGCGCUCUUCCACUUUCUCGAGUUCUGGACGACGGCGGAGAGGAAUACGCUCGUCGCGAGCAUCGACAGCUUCCUUCUCACCGCCAACUGGCCCUCCUACGCCGUCGCCCACACGGCCGCCUUCCUCGAAUGCCUUCUCGUGAGCCUGCUGUUUCCCCACCGUUCCUGGGCGCCCUUCCGCUCCGGACCCGUGUUCCUCGCCGUCGGCCUCACCAUGGUGGUCGUCGGCCAGGUGGUCCGCUCGGUGGCCAUGCUCGAGGCCGGCGCGAGCUUCAACCACCACGUGCAAACCAGAAAGUCCGACUCCCACACGCUCGUCACGACCGGCAUCUACGGCUUCCUGAGACACCCCAGCUACUUUGGAUUCUUCUAUUGGGGUCUCGGGACGCAGCUCGUGCUGGGAAACACGGUGUGCUUCUUCGCCUACGCCGCAGUCCUCUGGGUCUUCUUCAGCCGCAGGAUCAGGGUGGAGGAGAGGAAGCUAGUGGAAUUUUUCCGAGCCGACUACGUCAAGUAUCGCCGACGGGUAGGCACGAAGAUACCGCUGAUACCGUAA